AUGGAUGUAGAUGAAGAAGAAGUCGAAAUGGCUUCUUCGAGUAGUGGAAAGGGUGAUAAAAAAAGAUUUGAAGUUAAGAAGUGGAAUGCUGUUGCUCUGUGGGCCUGGGAUAUCGUAGUGGACAACUGUGCUAUUUGCCGUAACCACAUUAUGGAUUUGUGCAUAGAAUGUCAAGCCAACCAAGCAUCAGCUACUAGUGAUGAAUGCACAGUUGCUUGGGGCGUUUGUAAUCAUGCAUUCCAUUUUCAUUGUAUCUCACGUUGGCUAAAAACUAGACAAGUUUGUCCGCUGGACAACAGAGAAUGGGAAUUCCAGAAGUAUGGACAUUAA